CAGUGCAGGUCUGCGGCACGAGCGCAGGAACGGGAGGGGGGCGUCACCUCACGAGGGGGAAAAAAAAACAAACAAAACUUUUAUUCCAUGUACCAGUGGCCAGCUGUGACACAGCGGUUCCGUUUCUUAUCCACGCCUGAGUUGAACGCUCACUUGCACACUAAAUGGCCAGCCCUGGUUCGGAUGCUAGACGACAGCUCCAUCCGCAACAUCCGCACAGCGAAGCCGCCCCCGAACCGGCCGUGCGCGAGGCCCGGAAAUGGAUAGAGGUGAGUGCUGAUCACAUUGCGACGUCAGCGAAGGCUGUGGUGUUUCAGGCGGUCACUGGCAGAAGUUUCGGGGAGGAUUUCAGAGGCAGUCUGGACAACGGAAUCCUGUUGUGCGAGUUGCUUAGUUCAAUUAAGCCAGGCCUUGUGAAGAAGAUCAACAGGUUGCCUACUCCUCUAGCCAGCCAAGACAACUUGGUGCUCUUUCUGAAAGGCUGCGAGGAGUUGGGAUUGAAAGGCUCUCAGCUGUUUGACCCGGGAGAUCUUCAGGACACACGCACCACCCGAGGCUCGGACUGCAACAAGAGGCUGAAAAAUGUUCUGAUCACAAUCUAUUGGCUGGGCCGGGCAGCCAAUAGCAGUGCCACUUAUAACGGGCCCACUCUGGAUCUACAUGAGUUUGAGGGACUGCUCUCACAGAUGCGAAAGGAGGUAGAGGACUGGGACAGCCCAAAGCGCAGCAUUAGGGACAGCGGUUACAUUGAUUACUGGGAGUCAGAGCGCAGUGACUCUCUGUCGCCGCCGAGGCACGCGCGAGACGACUCCUUUGACAGUCUGGACUCCAUCGGCUCCCGCUCGCGCCACACGCCCUCUCCGGACGGCCUGUUUGCCCGCAGCUCCAGCGAUGGCCGUGGCAGCGACUCUGAGUGUGACAUCCCCUACAGGAAGCUACCGGAUAUGCGGCGGGAUGACAUGCUGGCGCGACGGACAUCAUGCAGUGAGCCGCGUACUGCGGUUCCCUUCAAUCAGUACCUACCCAACAAGAGCAACCAGACGUCGUACGUACAUAUUCCUCUGCGUAGACAACGCACCGAGCGAGAGGAGAGCUGCAAGAGCUGGAGCAAUGCCACCUCGCCUGUAGGAGGAGAGAGGUCUUUCAGAUUCGGCCGCAGCGAUAGUGUAUUUGACGACCCCGAGAGCAUGAGUAUGAUCGACGUGAGGACCGACGAUGACGGCCUGCUGCCGCCUCACAGUCAGGUCCGACACGAGCUGAUGCACGGCCAGUAUACCAGGAUGAAGGAGGAGGAUAGCCAGUGGCAAGAUGACCUGGCGCGGUGGAAGAGUCGCAGGAGAAGUGUCUCUCAAGACCUGAUAAAGAAAGAGGAAGAGAGGAAGACGAUGGAAAGACUGCUGAGCCGAGACGAAGGCUCGCAGAGGCGGAAAAGUUUCAAGACCUACAGAGAGAUCGUGGAAGACAAGGAGCGUCGCGAGCGGGAACUCCAUGAGGCUUACCUGAAAGCUCGAACCCCGGAGGAGGCAGCUGCUGUACUACAGCGCUACGCCCUGCGCUUCACUAUCAGCGAAGCUGUGCUGGAGCGCCUCAAGUUACCCCGCGUUCUGGAGCGCAGUAUCUCUGCUGACCCCACGCGUUCCUCAUCUUUGUCCAACGACCCUGUUUUCUCUUCUUCUUCUUCUUCUCCUUCCUCCUCGUCCUCCAAUCCACUGCAGUACCUGCGUCAGCAGUCCCUGCCCGCACAAAAGUUCACCACCACCGUGCAGGCCCGGGUGACGGGAUACGGGGCGGAGGAUGUGGCAGUGGGGAGGGAAGGAGGAGGUUCAGGGGCAGCUUGUUCAAGCAGGAGCAUCCCAUUGCUCAGUGCCAAACCCUACAGCCAUGACAGAGCAGCCAAGCAGGAUGAAAUGGAGCGAGUUAAUGGGGAAACGGACAACGACCACAACGCUGGAGACGAGCGCGAAUGGAGGAUUGAGACAGAAAGAGAAGAUGGGGGUCAAAGAGAACACACAGGAGAUUCUUCUCCUUUGCUGUUUUAUCCGUCUCCUUCCCAGAACGUUGACUCAGACAGUACAGAAAUGGAAGUGUCAGACUCUCUGUCCUCAGACAAACAAGCAAUCUCACACACACUGACACACACUCCGGAGUUAGACGCAGCAGACUUCGAGUCAGUAGAGGGGCGUAGCGUGGUGCCAGGACCUGAGAGACAGGAGGAAGAAGACACGCAGAAAGAAGGAACACUUAGUCAACCCACCUCCUUACCCACGCAGACACAGCCUGAAGAAGAGGCAGUUCCACAGUCCAGGAGUAUACCUCCUACCCAAAAACAAAAGGAGUACCAAACAGAAGAGAAUGAGAAGUGUCCUGAAGAUCAUCCAGUGGAGAGUUCUGACCCUGACUCGGUCCGUCAGACCGAACAAGACACACGUGCCUCAUCUCACAUAAACGUUACUGAUAACCAGGUCAGUAAACCAGUUCCGGAACCCUCAGAGAGAACUGCAAACCCGCCAGCCCCGUCCAGUCCAGAUCGUCCUACGCCCAAAUUUAUCACCGGACUCCCCAUAACAGAGCUGGCCGACAGUGCCCAGCUCGCAACGUUGUCCAGUAACCCUAAGUUACGCUGGGACUUCUUCACUUCACCAGAACCUGUCGAGAAACACGACGGAAAUGUCGCUCCUACGGUUUUGAAUCUGGCGCAGCGGGGUGAGCGCUUUUCCUGGGAUCCCGAGGAAGAGCGCAAACGGCAGGAAAGGUGGCAGCAAGAGCAGGAACGCAUGCUUCAGUUGAAGUACCAGCGUGAGCAGCAGAGGCUGAAGCAGGAAUGGGAGAGAGCCCAGAAGGAAGUGGAGGAGGAUGAGAGAAGAUACCACGAAGAGGAACGUAGGAUUCUUGAGGAAACAGCGGCUCCUCUGACGCCCAACUCUCCCGUGGCGUCUUCUCCCUGCUUUAAGGAAUCUUCUCACGCACAGAACAGCAUCGUUCGUGACUGGGAACGCGAGCAAGUGCGGCUGGAGAAACAGAUGACGGAAACGUUGGAGAAUGCGAGGAAAAUGGAAAAUGGGAGGAAGGAAGCAACAAGGACAAAGGAAGAACACUCUCAGACAUCGGAGCGUCCUCAAAAGCCAAGCUGUGACCAGAUACAGGCCCAGCCUAACGGACAGCGAGGAGGAGGCACAGAGGGGCCGAACCAGGUCCCUAAACAACCGCACACCAGUCAGGAUGCCUCAUGGAGCAGUAAGCAGCAUCAGCAGCGGCCAUCAUCAGAUCCCUGGCAAAAGCCUGCUUCCCAGGACACUAACAGAAAUAUCCAGCCAGCACCUGGUAGUCGUAGAAGGUCCGGCUCCAUAGAAAACGCUGGUGCAAAGUCAUCACAGUCCAUCUCACACACAGACACACAACAACCUCCAUCGCCAAACAGAUCUGUGAGUGGGAAGAAGCUGUGCUCAAGUUGUGGUCAUCCACUGGGUAAAGGAGCAGCCAUGAUUAUUGAGACGCUCAGCCUUUACUUCCACAUCCAGUGCUUUAAGUGUGGGGUUUGUAAGGGACAGCUAGGUGACACCUCCACGGGAACUGACGUAAGGAUCAGGAACGGUCUGCUCAACUGUCAUCAGUGCUACAUCCGCUCUCGUUCUGCCGGUCAGCCCACCAACUUGUGAGCAGGCAAAUAUGAUUUGCGAACACCUAAACAACCCAUCACAGCUCCUAACGAUCGCCCAGUGCUUGGCCUGGUCACGUCUCCACCGUCAUCGAGACCAGUGCAAUAUUUCCGAGUCAAGGCUAAUUUGCGAUUUUCCAUAUCUCCCGAUACGUGUGUUAAAAGUCUGGUUCUUUUUUUUCUUCUUCUUCUUCUUCUUCUUUUUUUCUUCCAAGGUUGAAAUAAUCAAUGUCUACCCAGCUGAUCUGUAAAGUUCUGCAAAUGGCAGACCUUUUUAGGAAACAGAUGGGUUUUAAACUAACGUAGACGAUUCCAUUCAAGUCACGCUAAAACCAAGCACGCUACAGACCGCUACAGUCUGCUGGUGGAACUAUGAGAUGGCUAUAGCCAUUUUUGUAUGUUUUUAAAAAAAAAAACAACAACACACAAACCCCAAUGUAUUUGAAUCUUUUACCCAUCACUAUGUGAAAAUACAGUGUAUAUGCUGUACCAUUAAAAUCUCCUGCGGUUGCCAUGUUUAUCUUGAUUAUGCAGGAUUUACUUGGUCCAGUGGCGUAAGAGCAUCUAAUCUGUACUAAUUGGGUGCCAAUUUCCAGACGAUACCAUGAAGUGUUUGUGGAAAUACACAAAAAGAACACCAACGUUAGCACACUGUUAUUAUUAUUAUUAUUAUUAUUAUUAUUAUUUUUUUUUUUAUCCUUUCGUGUCAGUAAAAAUGCGAGUUUAGAGCUGGUUUAUCUAAUCUGAAUCGUGCUCCACCUCUGCCACUGCUCCUCCUUCAUCAUCUAGCACGGUCUUCAUAAUGGCGGGAAGCCGGCCGUAAUCAUGGCUGGGAAGCAGACCGUAAUCGUGGCUGCACCUGAUCGAUAGACAUCCAUUUCCCCCCUUUGCAUUUCCUGGGCUGAAGGGGAAGAAUGUCCUCAUGUACCAAGUUAAGGAUUCUUAGUUUGGACUGAUUAAGUGAUGAAGAAAAGAAAAAAGAAAAAAAACAAUUACGUCUAUAUUAAAGUCAUUUUAAGAUGGUUUUUAGUUUAUUCGCGGAGGGAAUGUUAAUGCAUUGAAACAAUGUGCCUUAGAAUGAAUGAUUGCACAAAACGCAGCUUGAGAUAUAAAAUCCAAAGACUUUGGUCUUUAGUAAGGGCCAAAUAACAUGUUCUUUGGCCACAGAGAAAGAAAAAUUAAGUGGGGGGGUGGGUGGGGGGAUUGGGGAAGUGGGGUGGGGUGGGGAGAUUUGGGAAAUCUGUUUUUAUGAUCUCUGCACGCAUCCUUCGAUGUGUAUUUUUCAUUUACACACUCAAGAACCCUGUUUUCUCAGAAAUAAAGGUACCAAGCUGUACUUUUCCUUGUCGCUGGGGCGGUACCAUCAAGUACAGCUUUUGUACCUUUAGUCUUACUUAAUAAAAAAUAAAUAGAAGGAACAUCAUUCGAUCAUAUCCCAGAUAAAAGGAAAUGUACAAAAGGUACAAAAGAUGUACUCGUGAUGGUACCACCCCAGUGACAAGGCAAGGAAAAAGUACAGAUUGGUACCUUUUUAAUUCUAAGAGUGUACUUUAGACUUUGUGUAUGUUUACCUAAAUCUGGCUUUGGGUGAUCCAUAUAUGAGUUAAUGAAAAACCGCUUGAGGGUCUCAUGUUUCUGCACACAAAUAGCAAUACCAGUGCUUAUGUUUAUUUUAGAAACGGUUUAUAAUCUGCCUAGAAACCACUCCACUAGCCAUGCUUAAACACAGUCUAACCAAUAGCUUUUUUUUAUUCGCAGUAUGUAUACCUGAACAUAAGGGCGGAAAGCUCAAAAGCGUUUAAUCAAUGUUCACCUUUCAAGAAUUUUGAUCACUGGACUUGUAAUAUUCUCUCAUCAUUUCUUGUAUAGUCAGUGUCCUGCGCUUUGGGUCGGGUCGCUUAGCUAUUAUUCAUAACAGGCGUAUAGACUACAUGCAGAGCGGAUGCAGUUUGAUCUGGUCUACAGGAUGAAUGACCUACCUUGGAAGUGGUAUCAAAUCUAAGGUAUAUUUAUUGUGAUCUUCAAAAAUGUACACUAUCCGGAUAUAGAUUACUUUGUCGUUCCAAUGCGAUGGCUUUACAGUAUACUCUAUGUUUAUAAAUAAAACCCAUGAAAAAGA